AUGGCGGCCGUGGAGCUGGAGUGGGUGCCCGAGACGCUCUACAACACCGCCAUCUCGGCCGUGGUCGACAGCUACGGCCGGGCGCGCCGCAGGGACAUCCGCUCCUUGCCCGAGAACAUCCAGUUCGACGUCUAUUACAAGGUGGGCAAGGCCGGCGCCGGGCCGGGCCGGGGGGGACGGACCCCGCCAUAGGGCUGAGGGGAGGAAGGGAAGGGGGCACCCCCUUGAUUGUAUUUGGGGGGUCCGCGCAAGGGCGGCACUGAGGAGCGCCUCUCUUUCCCCCACCCCCGCCCUGUACCGCUUUCCCAAUUUGGGGGGGAAGGAAGAUGGCUGCAGCCCAGCCCAUUUUCGCCUCGGCCUUCCUUCUGCAUCCAGCCACCCAUUUCCCCAAACGGGAGCUUUUCCUUCUGCCGUCCGAGUGGACUCCCCCCCCCCCGAAAGCCAUGCCUCCCCCCUUGCUCCUAAAGCUAUUACUUGCGCCCCCUCCCGCUGUCAGAUUUGGAACCCCCAUCCUUAUUUGUUUUGCUCAGGAAGCGUCCCAACAGUUUCUUUGCCCCCCUCUGUACGUUUCAGAAGGGGGCUCUGUUUGCUACUCGCAUUUUAUUUGCAACCCACGCCCCAGGAAUCUUGUUUUUACCCAUCGCCUCCUCCUGCUCCUUCAAAUGGGGUUUGCACCCCCUUCUGAAUGACCAGUAUUUCAGAAUUGGAUUUGCUCAUGUAAAAAACAACAACCACCAUCCUCUUUGCUUGCGCUCCCUCACUGUAGAAUGUGGACCCUCAGAGAAUGUAUGUUGCUUAUUUACCCCACUCCCCGUUAUUUGGCUUUUUCUCCCCUUCACUGCAGAGCUUGCCCCGUGUAGAAUCGCUUUUUAGACCCUACCCGGAGUAUUUUCACCAUUUCUUGGAACAAUACUCACCAUCAUUAUAGUACCUCUCACUGUGAUCUCUUUUUUAUUUUGCCCCUUGCAACCCCCCCAAAAACCAACCCCCUUCUUUGCUGCCUUUUCCAGAAUUUUCCUUCUCAAAAACUGACUGCCUCCCAUUCCAGUUUUGCACACCCAUCCUAGGCAAGUGCCCUGACACCCCCCAAAAAAAUUCCUUGAUCCUUUCUUUUAUGUGCUCUUCUUACCCUGUAUGUAAGCACCCAUUCUAGAAUUUGUCCCCUAGAAAAAACUAGUAUCACUUUUUGCCCCACACCCCUUUCCUCCAGAACUUGGAACAGAUUUAUGUCUCAGAUUUGGGGGGCACUUUCCAACCAGGCCUGUUGGGGCAGGGUGAUGGUAGCAGUUAAGUCUGCAUAGGAGCCUAAGCUUGCAAUCCUGACUCCACUUAUCUGGGGGCAAAUCCUGUUUAAUUCAGCAGGACUUGCUUCUGAGUAGAUAUGGUUAGGAGGAUUGCACCAUAAAUGUGUAAUUGAUAUCUCUCUUUCUAACCCUCGACUGCAGAGGAUUAACUAGACUGAGUACUGUUUUGUUGGAGUGGGGUGUCAUAAUCAGCACUGCUGUGGCUGUGUGUUUCCAGUGUUGGUGUUUUUCUUGAGAGUGUAGAAUGCUUUGUGAUACAAUGAUGUUGGAUUACGCUGUCUUGCCUAGACUCUAUUGGGAGCAAUAGAGAGAGAUUUGUGUCCCUCGCCUCACUUCGGUUUGUAGAACUGGGGUGCUGAAGAAAAUAAGGAUUUAUUCUCUCUCAAGUUUCUCAUGACAGCUGGAGUUCUUAAUCAGAAGUACCCUUUUAAUAUAAAGACUGCAUGCUUUUCAUUUUUCCUAAAAUCGCCAUCUCAGGUUAGUUUUAUUGCUAUUUGUUUUGCCAUCCAGUUAAAUAUUCAAAGUGGUCCUUUGAGAAUGUCAACUUUAUAGAUCAAGGGCAAGUCGAAGGAUGCCUGGUAUUUUCCUAGAGUUUGUAUUCUAUAAGCUGCUCUGGGUUGCGUGUAGAGUCUCCGCUUCCAUCAUUCUUCGAUGUUAAUCUUAUUGUUUGUUAUAGAGCAAAUUGCUCUGUGGUGUUUAUCCAGUGUUCUUUAAAAGACAAAGAAAAGUAAUACUCAUUAUGGGUCUAUUCUUGAUAGUGGAAAAAUAGGUUCAACUUCUACCUACACGUUUUGGGGUGGUGGGUAUACUAACGUGUGCCCCUGCUUCUUAAGAAGGCAGAAAGAAUAAUAAUUGAUUCCAUCCCCACCUUCCCAAGCCUUAGCAUAUGAGAAUUGUUUUCCAGUCCUUCUGUAUGUGAGCUUUUAAAAAGGUGUCUCGAUAAAAGGCACCCCCCACUUUCAUCAUUGACCUAGUCUAGAAGGACAAUCAAACAGGAACAGCACUGUAAUGGGAUCCAUUUAUGUCACUUCCAGAUACCCUCUACCUUAGAUAUUGGGGGGGGGGAGCCAUUUAAAUAUUCACAUUUUAGCCACUGAAUGGACAGAGCUUUUGGUUCAAGGGAGGCUUUUCACUCACCAUUUCCAACACAAGAGAAUCUUAGUUUCUGCAAAAGGCACCCCUUCGAAAGAAAGUAGUAUAUAUUUAUUUGUACGCUGCCUUUUUCCUUGAUGAGACUCAAGGCAUCUUAUAGAUAAAAAUAAGAACUGCUAAAACAUAGAAAAAUCAAUCAAACAUAGAAUGAAAUGGAGAUUAAAGCUGUCCCUUGAUAGGAUAGAGCUGCUGCAUUUGGAAAUGCAAGGAUGAGCCUUGUCAAAGGCAGGGAAAUCUGCAAACGUAUAUGUUGGCUGGAGUUCAUAUAUCAUAUCCCCAUUUAUGUCAUAGAAUCAUUGAACUGUAGACUUGGAAGGGACCAUAAGGAUCAUUUUGUUCAACUCCCUGCAAUGCAGGAAUCUUUUGCCCAACACAGGGCUCAAACUCAUGGCCCUAAGAUUAAGAUUUUUAUUCUGUACUGACUGAGGUAUCCCAGAUGAGGAAAGCUGUGAAUGCUAAGUGGGCAUUUCAGCAGGUUUCAUUGCUUUCAUGUACAGUGGUGCCCCGCAAGACGAAUGCCUCGCAAGACGAAAAACCCGCUAGAUGAAAGGGUUUUCCGUUUUUCGAUGCGCUUCGCAGGACGAAUUUCCCUAUGGGCUUGCUUCGCAAGACGAAAAUGUCUUGCGAGCCUUGAGAUUUUUUUCGCUCCCCCCCUUUUUCUAAGCCACUAAGCCGCUAAUAGCCUUUUAGCCGCUAAGCCUUUAAUAGCCGCUAAACCGCUAAUAGCGCUAAUCCGCUAAACCACUAAUAGGGUUGCUUCACAAGACGAAAAAACCGCUAGACAAAGAGACUCGCGGAACAGAUUAAUUUUGUCUUGUGAGGCACCACUGUACACCAGGAAUGGGAAACCUUUGGUUCUCCAGGUGUUGCUGAACUGCAACUCCCAUCAGUCCCAGCAAGUGUGGCCAGCAGCCUAGGGUGAUGGGAGUUGCAGUUCAGCAAUAUCUGGAGGGCCAAAGGUUCCCAACCCUAGUUUUAGAUUAAUUUAUAAUCAUACAGCUGGGAUAGCCAAGUAAUUCAUUUGCUAUUCUCUUGUGGCAGGCAGUGGUCCAGUUUCUAAGCCAUGAAUUGGGUGGGACAGGGGGUAGAGGAACUUGUCACUGAGCAAAGGAAGUCAGACCAGAUGCCCUUCCAGCCCCAUUCCAUUUGAUCUGUAUCUCCUGAUAGUUACUCAUGAGUGAUGUACAUUUUUAACUGUAUUUGUGAAUGACGCUGUCACCUAGCAGAAAGUAUGCCACAGUUCAGAUUCCUAGUUCUUCUCAUAAUGAUGGCCUUGAGCAAGGUGUUUUGUCACAUCUCUGCUUGUGAUCUGAAGGACAUUUCAGAGGAACUUUCCAAACCAUAUUACAGAAGUUACUGGCCCACAAAAUAAUGUUAAUAGAACUCACAGCUCUGGAAGGGGGGUGGGAGAGAAAAACCAUCUUCCUUCUCACUUACAAAAGUUUGUUUGCUUUAAUCCCUGGUGAUUAUUCUGACUCACCAAAUGACUAUUUAUAGGCCUGAUUUUAAAAAUGUGUAUUUUCUACCACUCUCAUUAUUUCCAUAUUAGUGUCCGGAUUGUUUUUCCAUGGAUAAUUCUUUUUCUGCACUUUAAAAGUAAGAAUUUCAGAAUACAUGCAUUGCUUCCACAGUCUUCUGGCUGCAUAUAUUCAUAAAAUGACAAAUGCAGAUUCCAAGAUGUCUGCAAAACUCACUGCUGUUACCCAGCCUGUGCUGUAGUUCACAUAAAUCCAGCAUUUUAGGGCACUGACUAUUCUUUACAUGUCUACUCAGAAAUAAGGCGCAAGCUCUUUUUUCAGCCAUAAGCCCAAAUCCUUGAGCCUGAUUUGAAAAUGAAGCUGGUUCACAAUGUCACAUCUAGGGUGCUGUGCAGAAUACAUACCUAACGCAUGUGUUUACAAGAACAUCACAGGCUGCUCAUUAGCUACUGAGCCAUGUACAGGAUUCUGUUAUUAACAUCCAAAAUCAUGAAGAACUUCAGACCAAAACACCUAGGGCACCAUAUUCCCCUGAACGUACCCAGUUGAUCAUUACGGUCAUUGGAAGAGGUCCUAUUGGCCAUGUCAUGGCUAGCAGAUCAAGUGACAGCGUGGAAAGCAAACUUCUUGAAGUGGCACCAACCCCCGCCAUACAAUUUGAAAGGCAUUGACACUGAUGUGUUUUGGGCACCUACUGAAAACGUACUUGAGCAUUUCCUGACCAUUUUUAGAUGGCACACCUCAGUAUUUGUUUUACCCUUUAGCAUUUUGCUUUAGUGUCUCGAUCCCUUCCCAACAUAACUCUGCUGAAGAGCAUCUGGUUUGCAUGCAAAAGGUUCCAGCCUGGCAUCUCCAGGUAGUCCUGAGAAUGUCCCCAGUUUGAAACCCUGCAGAGCUGCUGCCAGUCAGUGUAGACAGUACUGGACUAGAUGUACCAAGGGUCUGACUCCUUAUAAAGCAGCUGUCUAUUCUCCUAUGAUUCUUAUGGAUAGUACAUAUUUGCAUUUUGUUUAUAUUCUAGCCUUUUGAUUUUAUGGUUUUUACUUUAUAACCCAUUUAAGAGAUUGCCUCCACCCAGGGAAUAUUUUGAGGAAUAGCAGUCUACUGUAAAGCUAUCAUACUCAUCUCUCCAUUAGGCAUUUAGACAUCCCUUCCCAUACUUCUAGUCUGAUAUAUGUAAUGUUUGUGCAUUAACUUAGGUCAUCUGGGAUACAGCAAGUGGUAUGGAUUCUGAAUCCUUGUUUAAUCAAAUUUAUGGACAAGUUUCCCCAAAUCACUGGUGGUUUCUCUUGUGUCCUAAAGGUUUCAUCAUAAUCUUAAUAAGUACUAAAAGCUAUUUCAUUUUUUUUUAAAAAAAGUUUUAUAUAUUAAACACUCCUUAAAUUUAUUAAACAAAUGCCUGUUUGUUUAAUAGCCUUAAUAGCCUAUAUUCCCCUGUAAUGUUUAUAUUUUAAGGAAACAAAUGAAGGAACUGAAAACUCUUAACAUAUUAAUUUAACCGCAGUGAGUAGUCACUGGGGAUAAGUCAUCUGGGAGCAAUGUUAGUAUGCAACUUUGCAAUUGUCCAGUGCAACUAGUAUUGCAUUUAUCCCUUUAUGUAACGAUUUGGUGUUUUUGAAACAGAGGCAAGGUGGUGGUUAGGGCUGGGUGACGACUGGUUUUCAGUAUAGUAAUAUAUCACCAGCUAAACAUCACAAUAUAUCAAUAUACUGUAUCACGAUAUCUGAAAUAAGGAAGGUACUAUACACAGGCAAACAGGACAAUGUCCUGGCAACUGCUACUACUUAUGGGUCUAAAACUGAUAAAUGCUGAUAUUAUCAAUCACCUCAUGGUCACUUUCAGCUGCAGGCAAGCCAAAAUGCAUCCAAAUGAGACUUUUGGUUUUGGGCUUGGCUACCAAAUGGUGGCAUUCAGGACACCCCAGAGUACGGUGAUGAGUCAUAGAGAAUACAAAUAAUCUGAGACUGCCAGCAGGCCUGCUAGGCAGCAGAAGCCUCACCAUGGCACAGCCUGUGAGGCCUUGUUGUGGUGGCAGUAGUGGUGGCCUGCAAGGCUUUGUAGCAGUUGCAAAAGUGUUGGCAGCCUGCAAGGCCCUGUAGUGGCAGCCUGUAAGGCCGUGGCAGUAGCAGUAGUGGCAGCCUGUGAGGCCUUGCGGUGGCGGCAGACUCUGAGAAAACAUAAUAGUAUAACUUGCACUCUUAGAUCACUGUGUUUGAUUCCACUUCUUACUGAGCUAAGGCUGUGUACACACCAUACAUUUAAAGCACAUUACCAUUCCCAAAUAAUCCUGAGAACUGCAGUUUGUAAAGGGUUUUGUAGCUUGCGGCUGGCGCUGUGGUUUAAACCACUGAGCCUAGGGCUUGCCGGUCGGAAGGUCGGUGGUUUGAAUCCCCGCGACGGGGUGAGCUCCCCUUGCUCGGUCCCAGCUUCUGCCAACCUAGCAGUUCAAAAGCACGUUGAAGUGCAAAUAGAUAAAUAGGUACUGCUCUGGCGGGAAGGUAAACGGCAUUUCCGUGCGCUGCUCUGGUUUGCCAGAAGCGCGGACAAAUGCUGGCUCCCUCGGUCUAUAGAGCGAGAUGAGCACCGCAACCCCAGAGUUGUCCGCAACUGGACCAAACAGUCGGGGGUACCUUUACCUUUACCUUUAAGGGGUUAAUCACAAUUCCCAGUAUUCUUAUUUCUGGGGAGUCAUGUGCUCUUCAUGCAUGGUGUAUUUGCAGCCUGCAUCGUCAGUUGAAAAAACACUUAUGCCUAUUGUAUUUACAGGUGAGGAGGCUAGAUAAGGAGGCUGCCUCCAAACAGAGUCCCUACAGGAGCUUUUUCUUCAAAAUUUAAAGUGACUAGUCUAAGGACUUUUUUAUUUUUAUUUUAAAAAGUGAACAGCCUUACGUGUUACUUGGCCCAUGGCAUAGGUUUUAGUUCCCCAUGUGUUGUUGGCCUUUCUGAGCUUUGCUGAAACUUACUGAGUAAGCUCUCAUGGUGUGCUGGCUGGAUUGCCUCUUUAAUGUGCUGCAGUGCAAACUCUUUACAAGGCCUUGUAUUUCUUUCCAUAAUACAAACAGCAUCAGGUAGGAGAGCAGGGGUAAUAAUGCGGAGCCCUCCUGAUGGUUUGAGCUCCAGCUCCCAUUAUCCCUGACCAAAGGCCACACUGGCUGGAGCUGGUGAAAGCUGUAGUUCAGGAGAUCUGGAAGGCAGCAGGUUGGGAAAGAUGACUUAGAAAAUCAUACCACAAGAUGUGGUUUGGUGCAGGAUUGAUUUUAUUUAAAUCAAAUCGAUUUAAAUCGUGAUUUAAAUCACUAGUCAGUAAGACUUGAUUUAAAUUUAUUUUUUUUACAGAAAGACUCAUUCUUGCUGGUAUAAUCUUAAUAUUUACAACCAGAUGAAGGUUUCAUUUUUGGAAUAAUAAAUUUUCAGAGUAGUUUUUACAGUUAUAUUAAAAAAAUACUGAGUUGGUUAUACCAUUAGAAAAACAUAGACAGAUAAUUAUGAAAUUAUUGUGAGGUUUAAUAAGUUAACUGUUAUAUUUGGACAACUUUUCUGCUGUACUUUAUUGGAAGGAGAAAAAUAAUCAUUUCCUUAAUAACAAUUUAAACAAUUUAUUUAACUAAAGCAAUAACAUUAUAGCAUAUGUAUCCAUGUUUGUUAACUGAUGUGGUUAAACUUUGGGGGGGGGGGGAUCUUUAGAAAGAUUUUUCCUCCAAAAGCAUUUUAUUUUAAAAAUCCGAUUUAAAUUUUAAAAAUCUGAUUUAAAUUUUAAAAAUCUGAUUAUCAUUUUUUUAAAAAACGAAAACAAAACAUUGAUUUUUAUCCACCCUGGUUUGGUGGAAUGUCUCAUUUGAGCCACUGGGUGAUUUCUUAAGACCUUCAGAAUCCAAAGUUUGGAGGUUCAGAAAGGAGCAAUGGCUUCCAGUGCUAUCCAGUUGCAAAAUAUAGUUUGCUACGGCAUGCAAAUGCAUCAUAUGGAUGCAGACAAGAAUGCCAAACUUUGGCUUGGUUUGAGGCCAGACUGCAAUUUGAGCAAACCCUAGUUUGCUGCAUCUGAAGCGACAGCAACUAGAAGUGGGAGCUUUGAAACUCUCACAUUCAGAGAUUAGGGAGGGAGGAAGGAUCCUGAUCACAGUUUGAAGGAUAAUCUGAAUGCGGCCACUGUGGCUAGACAUCUGAACAGAGCCGUGUGGGGCUCUCCGUGUCUGUUGCCCUCUAUUUGUGGGUGCAGUUAAAAGAUUCCAUUCACUGGUUUAUACAAAUAUGGAAUUUCUUACCAAUCUGGAUAUCAAGCUGUAAUGAGCCCUGAGGAAGUGACUUGGUGGGACUGGCUGCAUGAGGAAUGGGAGGUGCUCAAGGAGCUGAGGGGCUCUGAUCCUGGGAAAGGAGCUCAGCGCGUUCAGAGUCAGAGGUCAGGAACUGGGUGAAGGGCUGUGUCUCUGUUCCCAUCAGAUAUGCUGAAUGUUGCCUUGAUACUGAAUGAUGAGGCAUUAUAAUUUUGUAUAUGUGUAGAACCUUGCCAUACUUUAUGAUAGUGUGGAUUAAAAAUACUACAGUUAACAAACACGCACACCACAGAGUUUGUUCUCGUCCAAAUGCCUUAUCUGUUCUCAGCCUUAUCUAUGCCAUGCAGGUAGGUUUGAAUGAGAGGAACUGUACUGUACACCUCCUUAUUCUUCUGAAAGGAAGGAUGGGAUGCAAAGUUGAAUUACAAAUGAAUGAAUAAGUGAAUUUUUGGUAUCUUCAAAAAUGGAACACUCACUAUUCAGUUUGCUGGCUAGCUUUUCUGUCUACAGACUCUUGAUCUUUCAUGAGCACUCCAUUUUACAAAGUGUGUGUAAAAGUUAAAUGAGCAGACCCAGCAAAGAAUUACUAAAGCGUAUGCUUCUGUAGUCCUCACGUGAGACUAGGUGCUUCUCAAGAUAACAUGUGAGCAUAUGCUCUUCAUAACAUACUGUUCCUUAAUCCAACUCCCGCAUUGAUUUCCCCCCCCCUGUGUAAUUAUUCUAGGCAAAGAUGCCGCAUCUCAAAUUGUGAAAACACACAGUCUUAGCUUGUGGCACCUUUCCUUAAAUUAUUGUUUGGUAUAUUUUUCCAGAUCAAGUGCUGUAUACAAUAAAGUUUUACUCAGGCCAGGUCGAUUGAAAUUAAUGACCCUAAAUUAGUCAUCCCCACCAGUGUUCAAAAUUAGCCAGGUGCAUUUUGCACCUGGGUAUCGGCCACUUGCGACCAAGUGAAGAUGCCUGGGUGCCAGGAUGGCACCUGACAUUUCCAUCUUCUGGAGGUGCAUGCCUAGGCAUCAUUGGAUCUUGACUUUUUUCACACACUAAUACAACAUCCUGAAGAAUUGUAUCAGUCACAUUUUAUCUGCGCAAUUGGAAUGAAUUUCAGGAAGCAGAAUACUUUUUCUAUGCAGCCUGAGCAGGAACAGGGAAGAAUGUUAUAGUUAUUUGUAGCUUGUCUUCACUUACCCCACCACCUUACUCACAGUUGUGAGGAAAAAGAGGUAGGAUAAAAUAUAAGGGACACUCCACAUAUUGGCCUGUUCCUAUCCCUUUUCCUUAAUGGUGACACAGACCAUUCAUAACUUAAGAAUUUUCUUCACAACUAUGAGCAGGGUGGUGGGGUAAAUGAAGACAAGCUACAACAGUUAACUAUAACAUUGUUCACUGCUUCUGCUCAGGUUGCACAGAAAAAACAUUUUGCUUCCUGAAGUCCAUUUCAGUUGCCCAAGAAUGGCAACGAGACUUUCCGUUUUGGUGACUGCAACCUUGGUUUAAGGAGCCAUUUGGUGCCUACCUUAUAUAUCUGAGUUUGUAACAAUGCAUGCCCCUUAAUUUCAAUGAGUUGGCUCUGAGUAGGGCUAGCCUUGGAUACAUGUCCAAACGCAAUUAGACGGCUCGAAAAUAGUUUGUUGUUUUGGUUAUGCUUCUUCCAUGUUCUUCAUAUGUUUUGGAUAUGCCUGGUGCCCACAUGGGGGAAGUACAUAGCCACAUAUCUUAUUGUCAUGUGAAAAUUAGUGGAAUUACCUGUUUUGCCAAAAUUGCAGCAGGUAGUUUAAAUUUAUGGGAACCAAUACCAUGUGAUAGCUAAGAGUUCCGCAGUGCUAUAAACAUUUUAUUUUGGCAUAUCUUUUAGUCGACUGUUUACCAGAUGCAUGGAUUGUUACCUGCAUUUGGCAUGUACACGGGCGUCAAGGGGAAAUUUGGAAAACAGUGGCAUCAAGAGGCCAUAGAAUGUGGGGGCAUGAUUUACCGAAAGUACGCAAAAUAAAGGGCAUCACUUCAGCCUACACCCCCCCAACAGCAUUUAUUUUCCCCUGCAACCAUUUCUUUCGUAGACAUCAGUCCCAAUUCUUCAGAUUCAUGACCAGUUUAUGUAGCUGUAGAGAAGGGAUGUGGAAGCUGUGGCCCUCGAGAUGUUCUCGGGAUUAUGUCUGCGAUCAUCCUUCACUAUUGGCCGUGUUGGCUGAGGCUGUUGGGACUCUGACAACAUCUGGAGGGCCACAUAUAUGCCUCUAGGGCAGCCUUUCUCAACCUGCGGGUCCCCAGAUGUUGUUGAACUACAACUCCCAUCACCCCUAGCUAGCAAGGCCAGAGCUCAGGGAUGAUGGGAGUUGUAGUCCAACAACAUCUGGGGACCCACAGGUUGAGAACCACUGCUCUAGGGGAAGCCCACAAGCAGACCCUGAGUGUAACAGCCCCCUCUCCCCUCCUGCGGUUUCCAGCAACUGGCAUUCAGAAGCACCCUUGCUUCCAACAGGAACAUAGUCAUGGGGGUUAGUAAUCACAGAUAGCUUUAUUCUCCAUGGUUGGCAUCUGGGUGGCCACUGUGAGACCAGGACGCUGGACCAGAUGGGCUACUGACCUGAUCCAGCAGGCUGUUCCUUAUGUUCUUAUCCACAAGCAGCUGCCUGUCCUUUCUUGGAAAUGGGUUAUUCAGUGAGGUGGACUUUCAUUCUGACCCAGUUCUUAGCGAUACAUAUUUGGACCGGCCAUUUCACUGAGCCUCUUCUGCAGGCAGCUAAAUGGAUUUCCUUUUGUACAUGUUAUCUUUGUUUCUCCAGCAAGAAACAGAGGGGGAAAAACAUUUUCAAAAUAUGAUUAGGACAUCGCAAAGGAAUUAUAUGGUGUGUUUUUUAAAAAAAUAUAUUCUGGCAGGAUUACAGUGCUGCAUACAAAUUAUCUGAAAAGGCAACACUAUAUUAGGGAAGGAGAAGCAAAAACAAUCCGAGAGAGGAUUUCAUGUCGUUCUUUUUCUCUGGGAUAACAAGAUGGAGUUACAAUUUAAGGUCUUUAAUCCUGUCGUGAAGUCAGUAAGACCUUUAUUACUGAGAGUUUCAUUUGGAACAAGGAGCUCCAGUGAAACACUAAUAUUGCACACUGAAGGAAUUUUUCUUUAGUAGUUUUGUUUCUUCCUCUUUCUCCUAAGAGCAUCUCAUUCCAGUUUUGGGGGUGUGGGGGUGUGUCCAGGUGGUCUCCUGAAUAGAUGCUGGCCAGACUCCCUACAUAUUCAUGUCCCACCUGCCUAUUAGGCCUGGAUAAUAUAUUGCCCAGGACUGGUAUGAGGAGGAGACCCCGAUGUUGACUUCAGUCAGCGGUAUAUUGCUGGUAAAACCGCCACUGCUCCUGAGUUCCUCUGCUAGCAGCAUCUUCUGGAGGGAGACAAUAGUCCCUUCCUCCAGUGGGCACUGCUAGCAGAGGAACUUGGGAGAGGUGGCGGUUUCAGCAGUGAUAUACCCCUGAGUGAAACCGCCAUCCCACUCUGCCCUUGUUCCUCCUCUUUAAACUGCUCAACUGAGGAGUGUGCAGCUGCCCUUGCUUCAGCCAAGCAGUUAAAGGUGCCCCCAGCCCAGCACGGCUCCCCCCAACUGAGCUGAGCAAAGCAGCCCCAAUGCUCCUGCUGCUUGCUUGCGGGGGGGGGCGGGACUGUCUUAGUGGGCGGGGGGGAACCUUCCCUAUCCUCAGCUGAGCUGUUCAAACAAGCUGCAUUGUCCCAGUCUCUGAGUACCUGGGUGAAACCACCUCAGCUCCUGCUGUGUGAGCUGGGGCAGUCUCACCCGGUGCCCAGCAUGCAGAGGCCAGUGCAGUUUCUUUUUUCAACAUUGUGGUAUAUCGCCAAACCGUGGUGAUACACCGCGAUGUUGAAAAGCUGAUAUCGCCCAGCCCUACUGCCUAUAGCGCACCAACCAUGUAUUUCGCAGCUGAGAGUAAUAAGUAAAUCAUCCCAUGUGCUCCUAUGUAUGCAAGGCUUCUGGGCUGGGUCACUGAUCCAACAUUGGCAUUAGAAAAAGGAAAUGAAGACCUUUGCAUACAAUUAGGAGGAGUUGCCAAAGACACACCAUUAAAAAGCAGCAGCAUUUCUUCCGAAAAUAAGAUUGGGGUAAUGGGCUUAGGAGGGGACCUGUCGCAUCCCUACAAAUCCAUUGCGGAUCCCUACAUCAGAACUGAUUUUGUAAGCUGCUCUGAAAAGCCUUUUAGCUACUGGGCAUGGUAUAAAUGCAGCUACAUCAUGACUCUUUAGUAGAGGGUCAUUAGUCCAUCCGUGUUUUGCUUGUCUGGUGAAGGGGUGAAGAUUUCUCCUGCCACUGGAUCCUUCCCCUCCCCCCAAGAACUUUUGAGUUCACUUUCUGCAUGUACGUGCCCUUGCCCUGUUCACAUGUUGCCUGUGGUGUAGUGGUUAAGAGGGUUGGACUACUAGGAUCUAGGGAAACCAGGUUUCAAAUCCCCACUGGGUCCUGAACCUCUUGCUGGGUUACCUUGGGUGCCAUUCUCAGUCUCCUGGCCUACCCUACCUCAUGGGGAUGUUGUGAGGAUAGAGCAGGGGAAAAGGAAAACCAUCAAUGUAUUCCAUCUCAAGCUUGUAGGAGAGGUCGGAUGUAAAUGUAAUAAUAAUAGUAAAAUUUAAAUAGCCUUCAAUUUACUCAUAUGGUAUGUGCUCCUUACUUCAAGUGGUGAGAAGUUCCAGGGGCUGCAUGGCCUAGGUUUGGUUUCUUUUGGAGGUGAGGACAGGGCACCGAAGGCUUAAUGGCAUUGGGAGGGGGGGAAAGUGUGUGGUUUAUUUACAAAAGGCAGGUAGCAUAUGCUCUCCUUCUGGGCAGCAGAUCCCAUACCUCCCAUCUGAUAUCCACCAAGGGACCCUUUGCACACCAAACUGCUUCUCACUUUUAGCUCCUAUCUGUUCCAUUAACUGCCCUUUUUGUGCGCUCUCUCUCUCUCUCUCUCUCUGUGUGUGUAUGUGGCUUGUGUCCUUGUUCUCUUUCUCACCCACACCAACUCACACCCUUCUCCUUAGCCAGGGAUGUCAUCAUCUCCAAACACUUUUAUCAUGGAUAAAGCUAUUAAUGACCACCAGCCUUGAAGGCAGAGGCAGCGUGGCUUUGAAUGUCAGUUGCUGGGAAUCACAGGUGGAGAGAGUUGCUGUUGGACUCAGGUCCUGCUUGUGGUCUUCCCUUGGGGGCACCUGGUUGGCCACUGUGAGGACAGAAUGCUGGACUAGAUGGGCCUUUGGUCUGAUUCAGCUGGGCUCUUCUGAUGUUCUUCUGAUGGUGUUUUCAUUCUGCACAUUCCAGGGAAAUCUCUUUUCUAAGGAACCAUCUUCUAAGAAUUAGCUCCCAGACAGAUUAAAAAACACAGAAGUAGCCAUGUUACCUCUGUUGCAGCAAAAACAGCAAAGAACCUUGUGGCACCUUAAAGAUUUACCAGAUUUUGGUAUAAUAUUUUGUGGGUCAGAGUCCACCUCACAAUAUGCAUGAAGAAUAAUCCCCAAGUACAGGUGUGGUAGAGGACUAUAAAGUAGUGAGAUCAGAGGGAAAUGCAAAGCAAAUUGUGCAGAUAGUGACAACUCAGUUAGUGCCAGUGCGCAUGCAAAGUAAGCACAGUCACCCUAUAUUACUGCAGUGAUAGGUGAUAAAACUGUCAACUUGGCAGUGCUGAGUUGGUUAACACCUACAGAACCAUAAAGAGACUAUAAAGAACCAUAAAGGCAGAAGAUUUCUAAUUGUGGCCUGCAAGCUCCAUGCAGCUCUGCAGAACGAUUGUGAGACAUUCAAAAAUACCUGGAACUGUAUACUGAAUUAUGUUUUUUUCCUGAUGACUGAGAUGGAGGCUGUUUUGAACAGGGCUGGAGUUACCAAACCAGCUAAUAAGAUUGAUUAAGGGACCAACCAUAUUUACUCAGAGUAGACCCAGUUAAAUUAAAUUAGUCAUAUUUAGUUGUGCCCUUUAGUGUCACUAAGUCUACUCUGAAUAGAACUCAUUGAUUUUCAUGAUAUAGACCGAUGCAGACUGCUAAUCUGUCCCUUAAAAGCUACCAGUUAAAGGGACAGCAGUCUGGGCUAGUCCUGGGUCUGUGAUUUUCACAGUAUGGGGCUGCUUUUUGUGAUAAUCCUGGAAUGGAAGAUAAAAGUUCAAUAAGUUGUUUACAAAACUGUGAAGUUUGAGAAUAGCUGCUUAAAGGCAAGCCCACAGUGUUAUUCCAAUACAUAGUGAUAAUCGCGCCCAGAAUAGUUGAGUAGAAAUUUUGUGUAAAAGCAGAAUGGGAUGUGGAACAAGGGCAUGGUUCCUUGAGAAUAAGAAGCUAUAUUGGACUGCUUUAAUGAAAACAACAACUCAAGACUUCUUCUGAACAUUUACCUUUAGAUUCCAUCCACACUGGCCAAAAAUGGGGAAAGAUUGAUACCCACUUUUAGAUUCCCCAAUAUGGGAAUUCAUGAGGUUUUCUGUUUUAUACAGAGUGGCUUGGAACCCAAAGCGCAAAGAUCAAAGCCGGUAGAGAGCAUAGAGUGACUCAGAAACAGAAUGGAGUUUUUAAAAACACGCACAUAGCAGGUGAACAUGUAUACUGACUGGAAUUACUCCUGGAACCAUCACAAAGUAGACUGUGAGCUGCUCAAAUCUUUUCUACGCCACGAACUACCGGGCAGAUUUUUGGCAAGGUGACAUAUCUUGACCUUGGCACGCAUCUAAUGGCACAUGAUAGGGCAGGUUUCUUCUUUCUGGGUACACUUGCCUAGAUGGGAAGAAGAGUUGUAAUGUUAAGCUAGCAUUGCUGUACUGAAUGCUAGAAUCUCAAAAUGAAAUUGCAAACAAAAGCAUAAAAAAAACCAUGGAGCAAGAGCUGAAACAAAUUCAGUAAAUAAAUCUGCAGUAGGUAGAUGACUGCACUAUUCUGCCUUGCAGCACACUUGCAGGAUUGCUGAGAAAUGAAGCAUUUUUCAAAUACGCUGUAAAAAUGUUGAACAUUACUAUUUGCAAGCCUGAACCAGGAUUCGACAGUGCAACAAUCAUUGUACACUUGUUAGUUUAGCGAACUCAUGAAUGAUUAUGGUCCGGAUAUUAUAUUUGACUUUUUUCAUCUUGGGGGCGAAAAAAUUCUCAAAGGCCUGACCUACUUCCACAGGAUUUAUAUAUUUUAAAAGGCUAAUUAUCUAGCUAUGGGCUGGCCUGGAUUUUGGCAGGCAGCUGGAAAUGAAAGUGAGCCUACAUUGUUGCUGCUAUGUGGAACACUAAAAUGGGUCCAAGUUAAUGGACAAUCACAGUGUUGUGGUGUUAGAAUGUCUAAAUGGGGACUAAGGAGACCCAUUUUCAAAUCUGGUAUGAAGCUCUCACUGGGUGACUUUAGCCCAGUCCCAGCUUAAUCUUCCCCUGCCAGCAGGACCAAUGAUCAAGUUUGACUCCAAAAUAUGGAGAGGGGCACCUGGUUGGGGAGGACUGAUCAAGCCCAGUGCUCCAUCUCCAGCAAUGGAACCACCAGCAUACAUUUUAAAAGGUAAAGCAGCAAUAAAUACAGAUAACAUCAUUAGGAAAGUCAUAAUAUGGGCAACUCCACACUUACACUUGCUCGUCUUGUGCACAACCCGUACACACAGCGCCAGGAAAUAAUUCAAUUCAUAUCCAGAAAUGGCGGGAGAGAGCUGGAAAGUCCUUGUAGCUCACAAGGAGACCCUCUGUGGAUCCCAAAGAUGAUGUCAGUGAAGAAGUGGGUGGAGGUGCAGUGGGGCUUUGUUUGGGAUGCUCAGCCUCCCUGCCUAACAACUGGUGUGUGGGGUAGCGCAACAGCAUCUACUUUCCCGUGCGUCCUAUAGCUUCCUGCCAGCCCCAGAGCUUCCAUUCUAGUUGUGGAUAUUUUGGGAUACAGUAUGUAUUGAAGAAAGUGGGGCAGAAAGGGUAUUUAGAGGGCGCUUCCCAUUUUACACAAUUUCACUUAUGUGCGCGGUCCCCUGGAAUGUAACCCCCAUGUAAGUGGGGAGUCAUCUGUAUCCUAUUUAAAACAAUACACAAAACUGUGCAUCUAAAAGUUGCAGAUCUUUGCCUACCGCUGGAAAGUUAGCGCCAAGGGUUUUCUAGAGUCAGGGCAGGGGGCACAAGGAUAGGGAUCCCUGUUGCUGGUCCUUAUCUAAUUCAGCAUUGAAUGGUAAAGAUAAGGAGGGAGAACGAGAACAGCUCCCUGAAGAAGAAGAUCUCAGCAUCCAGGCAGGUGUUUAUUCAGGAAACGGUAGUAACUUAGUCCUCUAGGACUUAAGAGAAUAUCUGUGUGUCCCAGAACAAUUUCAUAUUUAAGAAGUUCAGAGGUGAUGGGGAAGCUUAUCUUUUCAGAGACAUUUGUUUGCCACUUUCAUAUUUGAGGAGGCCCAAAAUUACUUCCUAAGGAACCUGAGGAUUCCCCAGAACACAGCUGGAACGGAGCUUUUCAAAGGAAACAGAUCAUUCAAUUACAUCUUUGCGUUAACUUUCAAAUACCCUCCUCCCCCCACCACAUCAAAUCACUCGAUUUUUCACACCAUUUGGGUAUAUAUCAUUGAAAUCCUGCCACAGAUAUAUUCCGUUUAAACAUGUUUGUUGGUAUUUAAGGAAAGAGAUUAGCAGUGAUAUGCCAAGCUGUCAGAAUUUCUGAUAAGGUUAAUAAAGACCAAGGCAGCCUUCCAAAACAGCUUAAUCCUUGUGGGUGAAACUGGCAAAUUAUGAGUCGAGAAGCCUUUCUGCUUCCUCUUUGGGGGGGAAAAAGAGGAGUCUUUAGACCUAGUAAACAAGCAACCCGGAGUUUUGUACUGUGUUACAGCUUAUACAUAUAUAUCAUAGUUGCUGACAGGUAUCUAGUGUAUUAAAGCCAUUGUGAUUGCUCAAUGUGUUUCAUCAAGUUCACUCAUAUUCUUUGGUGUGAUACAUCCAGUUAGUCCAAAGAAGCUAGGGGAUCAGGAAUAUAGAUGUGGACUCCUCAUGCAAAAGUUCCCUUCCCCCAUAGUUUGUAUUAACCCUAGUGUAGAAUCAUUCAUAUAUUGGUGCUAACCAAGGUUUAUGGUAUUCUUUUUAACCCUAUGUGAGACCAUGCUUUGAGGUAGCUUUGCAAGCCAUAGUUAGGAGGCAAUUCUGGGUAGCAUUAACUGUGAUUAGUGCCAGCAUGCCCACAACACUACCCUAUGCUAAAGGAAACCUUGGGAAAGUGUCUAUAAAAGCCACUGUAUAUGCCUGAUUUUACGAGAUUGGAAACACGGUUACAUUGGGCUGUUGAGAACAAUGGGAUUUUCUCUCAAGUAAAUGUGUAUAGAAUCUCCUUAUCUAUCUGCCUGCACAUUAUGAUCAAUGGAAGAGGCAGUCCUGGUGGUUCCUAGGUUAACUGAGUUGUGUGGUUCAGGUGCCCUUGGAAGAUCCUUUUCAGUGGUGGCUCCACAUCUGUGGUAUGACCUCACUGCUGAGAUGUGUCUCGCCCCAACUUAGUAUUGUUUCAGGCAUCUCUUUUUUGUUUUUUAAAAAACAUAUUUCACUGGGAUUUUAGUGGCUAAUGAGGUAAUUGUUCUACUUAUGCAGUAUAUGAGAAUUACUUUAUUGAUUUAUUAUGCUUUCAUAUUAUUAUUAAUUUUUAAAGUAAAUUGCCAGUAUAGAAUCUUUCAUAAAACUGCAUCCUUGAACAUACUUUGCUUUGACCUAUACUCCUAAGAACUGCAGACAUUUUAAGCUUUAGCUGUGUUGCAUCCUCAUUAUGUUUUCUCCCAUCCUUUGCGGGCCAGAAGAAGAGUUUUGUUUUCUAAAAAAAUUAACUGCUGUGGAUCUAUGUAAACAAGCUCUCAAAACUUCCUAGAGUUCAACAGCCUUUGUGGGAAUUCCCUUCCAUAUAAAUGUUUGGCAGUCAACCAGUUAGGUUGGCAGUCUGGAUCAAAGGUUGCCACUACUUGGUGAGCUUUAAUAGGUGAUAGGCUCUUUUAAGCACUUGUCAUGCAUGGUCACUGAAUAAUCAAGCACAGCUUCUAGCUAUUUACACUAGCAGUAAAGAUGCUUGGAAAUCUCAUUUCCCCCAAGGUUGUUGUACAUAGAAAGUGCACAUGCUGGAGUAUUUGCAACACAAUUUCUGUAAAGUAAAAUUGAAUACCCUGAGGAUUACAGUGGACGCUUGGGUUGCAAACGUGAUCCGUGCAGGAUGCGCAACCGCCGAAACCCGUAAGUACAGUGGUGCCUCGCAAGACGAAAUUAAUUCGUUCCGCGAGUUUUGUCGUCUUGCGAUUUUUUUCGUCUUGCGAAGCACGGUGUCGGGAAAGUUUUGGAAAAGCUUCAAAAAUCACCAAAGUCUUUAAAAACCUCAAAAAAGGCUACCACACCGCAUUCUAUGAGUUGCUCAUCGAAGUCAAGUUGCAACUGUAUUAACGGUGUUAAGAAAAAGGAAACAAACUUGCAAGACGUUUCCGUCUUGCGAAGCAAGCCCAUAGGGGAAAUCGUCUUGCGAAGCAGCUCAAAAAACAAAAAACCCUUUCGUCUAGCGAGUUUUUUGUCUUGCGAGGUACCACUGUAACCCGUUCGGUACUUAAGGGUUUCGGUGGCCCGCAACCCGAAAAAACGCAACCUGAAGCAUCUGUAACCCGAGGUAUGACUACUACAAAGAGCAGAGGUUUUCACUUUUUUGAGUCCAGUGCUCCCUUGGCCAACUAUAUUCUUUCUGCGGCACCCCCGUGGGGCUCAGGAGCUCAGUUAUGUCACCCCUUGCCUGCAGAGCUGGCAGCCUCUCACCCUUUUUCGAACACCCUCCCUUGUGGAGUAUUCCCUCAGCCUCCUCUCCUCUCCCCUCUCCUUGGGAGCCCUCAGGGCAGCCGCAGCUACCGUCCCUGGUCUCUCCCCCCCCCCCACCCCAAAGAGAGGUGCCUCAUCACACUGCCCCCACAGGGGCCUGAGAAGAGGAUGUCAUAGAGCAGGGGUUGGCAAGGUGUUUACAGACCAUGGGCCAGAUCACUCCCAUGGAGAUUGUCUGUGGGCCGGACUGGCGCAGCGUGACGCCGGAUAUCACGUCUGCGCAUGUCCGUGGCACCGGAAAUUGCUUCUGCGCAUGCCCAGACGCCGAAAAUCGCGCCUCCACAGAAGCGAUUUUCGGCGUCUGGACAUGCGCAGAUGCAGUUUCUAGUAUCUGCAUGUGUGCAGACGCAAUUUCCUCUCAGCACGUCCCUAUGCCGGUUUAGUGCAGCGUGUGGGGGACUUUCCAAGUGGGCGGCUCGGUUCAGGGGCGGCUCAUGGGCCGGUAAAACAGUCUUCAUGGGCCGCAUCCAGCCCAUGGGCCACACAUUGCCGACCCCUGUCAGAGCAUGGGGUUGCCAGUGUGGUGCCCACAUGCCCCCAAGGGUCUUCCCUGGCGUCCCCAGGAUUCUUCCCCCUGCAGAAAGUCAGCUUAAAAGUUUUUCUUGUUGCCUGUGAAAUAGUUUGUUCUGAAUGCUUGGUUGCUGAGUGUGUGUAUCAUGCCUUCGGCAAGUUUCUCCAGUUUUGCUGGUGACCCCUGACAUAGAAGCAUAGUGAAACAGUCUUGCCAAUGUCUAUUAAAAGCUACUGGCUCGUACACUGAUAUUGUUGUUUUAAAGUACCCUAAAGACAUGGUCAAUGUAAGUCAUUUGUGGCAUGACAACACAGAAAGGAAGUGGGGGAAAGAAACCUCUCAGGGUUCAGUUUAUAAUAAAUUGAGCCAUAUCAUGGUUAAGGAAGCCUAACUGUGGCUUUCUGCUGUCUCUGUGAAGUGACAAACCACCAUUUGCAAUUGGCUGGCAAACCAGAAUCUGAAACUGUAGUUUGAAAGCCAUGGUUUGGUCACUUUGGUGUGAUGUCUGAAUUGUCAGGCUAUCACUAUAGAAGGGCAGAUGUUUAAACCCUUGUUAGCACAAAGCAUGAUUUGGCUCGAUGCCUGAACAAGCUUUCUUUCCCUAUUGCCUGGAAGCAGUUCUUUUUCGCCAUGGGCGAGUCCAUACUGGACUAUUUACAAGCCUGACUUCCUGGGACGGGAUGGUAGAGCAAAUGCUUUGCAUGCAGAAGGUCCCAGGUUCAAUCCUUGGUUGUCUCUGUUUAUAUACGGGUCCAGUAGCAGCUGAUAACAGAGACCCUUCCCAACCAGAGAUCUUGGAAGAAUUGCUGCCAGUCAAAGUAGACAGCACUGGGCUGGAUGGACCAGUAGUCUGAGCUAGUAUAAGCCAGCUUCCUAUAUCCACAGGGGAGAGACCAUAGCUGAGUGGUAGAGCAUCUGCUUUGCAUUCAGAAGUUUCCAGGUUCAAUCUCCAGAACCUCUACGUAAGGCUGUCAAAAGAUUCCGUCUGAAAAUCUGAUAUGCUUCUGCUGGUCAAUGUAGGCGAUACAAGAGUUCAGUGAACCCAUGCUCUGACUUAGCAAGCUGCACUUAUACAGUGGUACCUCGUGUUACAUACGCUUCAGGUUACAGACUCCGCUAACCCAGAAAUAGUACCUUGGGUUAAGAAUUUUGCUUCAGGAUGAGAACAGAAAUCGUGCUCCAGCGGCACGGCGGCAGCGGGAGGCCCCAUUAGCUAAAGUGGUGCUUCAGGUUAAGAACAGUUUCAGGUUAAGAACGGACCUCUGGAACGAAUUAAGUACUUAACCCGAGGUACCACUGUACUAAUAAAACGCAGUCCUUUAAAAAAAGAAAACCCUUAAACAAUAUUUUCCUGAUGUAGACAUUUUUUACAACAGUGCUGUUUCUAGUAGCUUCAGUCCCCAGAGAAUGGGGCAGACUGCUGGACUUCAGAAAAACAUGCAACGUAGUAAACAAAAUUUUGCUGGCUUAUCCUCUGUGUACUGAGGGGUGUGUGUGUGGAAGUAAUGCAUUUUACUUGGCAAAGCGAAGCGUAAAAAGCUGUCAGAGCCUGAUGGCUCACAUGAGUGUUACAAAGAACAAAUACUCUACAAUCCAGAAAGCUUUUUUUAUCUUGUAGGUUCCUUCCUCUCCUCCUUGUGAUUAAUUCUGGCAAGCAAAGCUAUGCAACUCACUGCCCUUGCCAUAUAACUUUGCCCCUUCUGGCCCAGCGAUACCAUCACAGCUGGCAAAGUGGAUGGGACCAGACAGAUAACUUGCUAGGUUAAGCUUAAACCAUGAGCAGAGACGUGUUUACGGGAGGGCAAAUGGGAUAGUUGCCCAGGGCGGCAAAGCUGAGAAGGUGUUGCCAUGUGCACACCACCUGCAGUGACCACCCCAGGGUGCAAGGCGGGUUGCAUGCCUAGUUCUUUGACAGGAGAGGCUUUGCCCUGCUGCUGCCACCACUAGUGCUGCCAAAACCACACCUGAGCAGGGAGGCAGGCAGCGGAUAGAGAGGAAGAGCACACUACCACAUGGGAUUGUGAGGCCUUUGGGACUUGCACUCUGAAGUUGAGUCAAGGUAUCCCCAACACACAUGCAAAGAGGAAGGAAUUUGGUGCUUGUGUGCUCUGUUGAGGUUGCACAUGAACAAGUUCCUGGGAGGAUAUACCGGUACCACUUCUGCCCAGGGGUGGCAGACACCUUAAAAAUACACCACUGGUCAUUAGGUGUACCAAGUAGCCUGAUUUUGGGUAAUGAGCAAUGUUUUGUGACCCUGUUUGUCAGCAGAGAGCAGCCAUGCCCUGAGCUAGAACAAACAGUGUGCCACACUCCUGGCUUGAUAUUUAUGUCACUCAGUACAACUCAUAAAACUCUUUUCUCCCUCUUCCUGCAGCUUUACCAACAAGGCCGACUAUGCCAGCUGGGUAGUGAAUUCUGCGAACUGGAAGUUUUUGCAAAGGUGCUUCGAGCUUUAGAUAAAAGGUAAGUCAGUGCUUACAAAAAUGGCAGCUCCUCUCACUUUGCAAGAUGAACAUUUCCCCCUGUAAAAUAUAACUGGAUGCAGUCCAAUCACCACUGAGCAUUUUUGAGCCCCACCAGUUUCAGUGCUUAACUCUGGUUGGAAUCUGUGGGUGCUCAGUGCUUAGAAUGUGACUGGAUAGCACCCACCCUUUUGCGUAAGGUGCCUUGCCCAAUAAAUUUGUGUUUUGCAGCUGCUUUCAGCCAUGACUUCCUGUUGGUUAGCUUGGCUACCAGCAUGUAAAUACGGUAGUCAUGUUCUGACUUAAAAGACAUAGCUUUGUAAAGAUUUUAACCUGGAGGUGUAUCACAAAUAUGCCCUACAGUGUAAACCUAAUAAAUGUAAGCACCAUUGGGUUUAGCAGAACCCAUAGGUAAGUGUAUCUACAGUAGAAGCUUUCUUUAAAGCUUAGUUUAAGACAGAGGGGGCGAGGCCUCCCGGGUCCUAGGAAGACAAUGGUCAGAAUCUACUAGUGAGCCUUUCCUCUUCUAUGUGCGUUCUCUUGAGCUUUCGUGUCUUGAGUCCAGAACAAAAUUUAAACACAAAAGAAGACACAGACACAACUCUCCCAAGUUCUCUAUGUAUGUAAGAGAACAUAGGAGAGAGGAAGGGAAUCACAGGCAACCACAGAUAAACCAAACUAAAGAAGCUUUCUCAGACAACAGGCUCUCACUGGAUUCGGUAUCCUCUGCUACUGUGGGCAAGGAAAGGUUUGUGGGGGUGGAGGGAAGAAAAGCAAAAUUCUCCCCAAAGUAUGUUUUGUUCUUUUGCUUAACAGCCCUGUUAACAGGCUCUGGCAGCUGCUUUUGUGUCGGGGUGGUGGAAGUUUGAUUGAUUAAGAGCUCCCAGCCUUGUGGUGCUCGCAUAAUUCAUGUGGCUGAUAUUGGCUGUAGCAGGAAUUCCGGAUGAUGGAUUGCUUCCUGUUUUUGCGAAUCUGGGCUGGAGGUGGCAUUUUGGAUUUUUUUGUGAAAAUUGCAGGGUUUGGGGGUGGGUGGGUGUCUUCUACCCCACCCCAUCUCAAGGACACAGCAUAAAUCUGUUCUGUGCUGUAAAAUGCGGCAGCUGUUUGUGUUUGAGUGUGUAUGUGCUAGUCGUAGACGAAUGUUAAGCUUUUCUGAGUUCCUGUAUUAUGGCAGAGAGAGAUGGUGUUGUAUCCAACUAAGCCCUAUCAUUGAAAUGACUAUAAGGUAGUCAUACCUAUUAACUUUGGUGGGUCUGCUCUGAGUAGGACUAGCAUUGGAUACCACCCAUGGAUACAGGGAGGGCAGGGAAUGCAUCUGUUCCAAAGGGCUUAACCAGAUUGUAAUUUGUGGUCUCUUUAUUUUUUAGUACAGAGUUUUUCAACCUUUUUGAGUCCACGGCUCCCUUAACCAACUACAUUCUUUCUGAGGCACCCCUGUGGGGCUCAGGAGCCCAGUUAUGUCACCCCUUGCCUGCAGAGCUGGCAGUCUCUCACCCUUUUUCAAACACCCUCCUUUAUGGAGUGUUCCCUCAGCUUCUUCACCUCUCCCCCCUGCUUAGGAGUACUCCGGGCAGCUACUACUGCUGUCCCUGGCCUCUGAACUGCCCCAUCAAACAGCUGUGCAAGCCUUUGGGAGGCAGAGAUGCGAGGGCAUCAGAGGAAGGAGGGAAGGAAAGAGGGUCAGAGGCCUGUGUUGCCCGCAGCACCCCUGACCAUCAUUCAUGGCACCCCAGGGUGCUCCAGCACACUGGUUGAAAACCACUGCUUUAGUAAAUGGCUUGAUAGUUCAGUGCCUGUUACUUAAAACAGAAACUCACAGUGAAGUUCCCAAGGGGUAAGCCCCUUAAACUCAUUGGAGCUUAUCCUCGGUAAGUAUACCUUUGGACUGCAUGCACAAAGUGUUUGUUGGAAGGAGGUAAAACGUUUUUAUCUUCUCCCUCUUCCUUCUGUUUCCCUUGCAGACAUCUACUUCAUCACUGUUUUCAGGCAUUGAUGGACCAUGGAGUAAAGGUGGCAUCCGUGUUGGCCUAUUCGUUCAGCAGGAGGUGUUCCUACAUAGCAGAAUCAGAUGCUACUGUAAAAGAAAAAGCUAUCCAGAUUGGAUUUGUCUUAGGUAACUGUGGGUGAAAUAGGAUAUUAGUCUAUCUUGCUUGCUUGGAACUUUGUAAGAGGCACAUGAAGAAGAAACUGAAAUAAGAUUUUCUUUCUCCCCUAUUACAUAUUUUACUAAGGAUGUCGUCAUGCUGCAGUUCGCAUGGCUGCUGAAAGGCGGUACUGCGAAGUACAGCAUGACCAUAAACUGGGCAAGGAAGAGGGAACCAGAGAUGGAGGCAAACGGGCACCUGGCCUAGGCCAGUGAGUGGAGGUUCAGAGGGGUAAGGAGUAGGCAGUGUUGGCGAGUGAAGCGAGAAGGGGAGCAGCCUAUAGAACACUGUUUCUCAAACUUGGGUCCCCAGCUGUUGUUGGACUACAACUCCCAUCACCCCUAGCUAACAGCACUAGUGAUGAUGGGAGUUGUAGUCCAACAACAGCUGGGGACCCAAGUUUGAAAGGAAAAAAAACUGCUGGGGGGAGGGGAGAGAAAGUAAAGAAAUAGCUCAAUUCCUUUCUUCAAAAGGAAGUCAAUACUGUGUGGCUUGGAUCCAGAGAAUUGCCCAACCGCUAACAAUAGUAAAUAAAUAAAAUGGGGAAGUGUAGGACCCUUCUCUAUGGUAAUGGCGCCCUGGUUGCACAACACCUUGUCCAUGUCCAUUGCCUUUGUAGGAGGCUUCCUCUCGGACGCCGGCUGGUACAGCGAUGCUGAGAAGGUCUUCCUCUCCUGCCUUCAGUUAUGUACGCUUCACGACGAGAUGCUCCACUGGUUUCGUGCGGUGGAGUGUUGCGUGAGGUAAGCCCUGUCCCCAUUUUUUAGCAAGGGGGUGAGAUGCUCGUGCUGCAGGGUGUGUCUGUGCUUAACGCGAGUAAAUUAUGAAGUGGCCAUGAUGACUAGUUAAUGGGCUGCUGUUCAUCGAGGCCACCUGUGUAGAUUGUGGAGGCCUUUCCUAGUGCCCAUCCGUCCCCAGCGACUGUGACUCUCACGGGACAGAAAACAGCUAAUGCGGGGGUCAGGUGUCAGGCAGGUUUAGCACACCUUUUGCUUCCUGCCCUUCCCUCUGGUUGCCAUGGUCUGUGUUUCUGCUUGAUCCUGCGCUUUAAAGCACACACAUUUCCACUCCAUGGCUUAGAUGGCUUUAAAAGGGGCCAAACAAAUUCCAGGGCGGUCAGUGACUCCUGCAGCGAUGGCUAUGUUCUACUUCCUACAGUCGGAGGAAGUAUGCCUGUGGAUACGAGUUGCUGGGAAUCGCAAGGAGGGAGAGUGCUGCUGAACUCAGGUCCUGCCUGCAGGCUUCCCAUGGGCACCUGCUUGGCCAGUGUAAGGAAAAAGCAUUGGACCAGGUGGGCCACUCGUCUGAGCCAGCAGAGCUCUCCUUACAUUCUUCUGGGAUUACCCUCCGGAGAUCCAUAUGUCCAAAUUGGACCUCCCCAGGGUUUCCAGCCAGUCCUGCGCAAUGGCUGCUGGAAUGGGAUUCAUCGGCAAGCAAUCUUGGGAGAUGACGUGCAUCUGUGAGUGUGUACGGUUAGCCGAUCACUCACCCUCCCCAUUCCCAGAGUUGCUCUUCCAUAAAACUAGUGGCUGACAAGCGACAAGUGAGACUAUCUGUAGCUGAAAGCCUUACGAUACAAAGCUUGUGGUGAUGGUUCUUUGGGGUUAAUAAUAAUAAUAAUAGUAAUAAUAAUAAUUUAAUUUAUACCCUGCCCAUCUGGCUGGGUUUCCCCAGCCACUCUGGGCGGCUUCCAACAAAACCCUAAAAUACAAUAACAUAUUAAACAUUAAAAGCUUCCCUAAACAGGGCUGCCUUCAGAUGUCUUCUAAAAGUUUGGUAGUUAUUUUUCUGUUUGACAUCUGGUGGGAGGGCGUUCCACAGGGCGGGUGCCACUACCGAGAAGGCCCUCUGCCUGGUUCCCUGUAACUUCCCUGUAACUCGCAGCAAGGGAACCGCCAGAAGGCCCUCGGUGCUGGACCUCAGUGUCCUGGCAGAACGAUGGAGGUGGAGACGCUCCUUCAGGUAGCCCUGUGGGUGUGACUGCACCCCAUGAUUCCCCAUUCAGAGAACCACACUUGCAGGUAAGGAACCUGUUCUUCCUCCAGUGUCCCAAGGACCUCUUUGUUACCUAGUCUGCACUUGUAUAAAAAACAAAUAAAUCCGAGGCCUGGGAAGUACGGACUGCAUGUUCAGGGCCAUGGUCUCAAUCAAUCUUGCUGUGUGCUGCUGAUGUGCAAACAAGGUGACAUUUCCUGCCUGGAGAGCCAGGUCACUGCUGUCCCCCCCCCCCCCACGCCUCCCUUGUCCUCCGCCUGCUUGUUAUUGACUCUUAGGGGGUUGUGCUGACUUAAUGCUUAGCUGUGAUUUCCUGCAGAUCCUUGUACUGCAGAACUGGCAGAGGACUUUGUCGUUUUAAAAAAAAAAGGCUGGAAGAGGAGACAGGCCCUAUUCCUGUUUUAUUAAUAUGUGCAACUCAAUACAUUAAUAACAUUCCAGUACAAGAUGGCUGUUUGGAAUUAUUCCUAGUCGUCCUUGCAAGAACACACUCACCUGCUCGGGGCUUCGUUGAAUGCUUUAUAUCCACUUUUAGGCUUUCCCUAAUAAAUCACUGUCCUGCCAACCUAGCAGUUCGAAAGCACGUCAAAGUGCAAGUAGAUAAAUAGGUACCGCUCCGGCGGGAAGGUAAACAGCGUUUCCAUGCGCUGCUCUGAUUUGCCAAAAGCGGCUUAGUCAUGCUGGCCACAUGACCCAGAAGCUGUACGCCGGCUCCCUUGGCCAAUAAAGUGAGAUGAGUGCCACAACACCAGAAUCAGCCACGACGGGACCUAAUGGUCAGGGGUCCCUUUCCCUUUAAUAAAUUACUACUUAAGGUGGAUUAAACAGAGUAACUUUCACUUGUCUAGGAAUUGAGAUCUAUGGUGGGAAUAAACUUUCAGAUAUCUUACCGCCCCCCCCCCCCCCCCCCCAAAAAAAGAGUUUUGCCUUUUUUCUGCUCUGUCAUGAGAAGAAGUUUCUUUGGUUGCUCAGGAGCAGACAUGUCCUGGUUGUUUAAAAGCCAAGAGCCCCCCCCCCUCCUGGGAGGCAUCUUAAAGUGGGUGAGGGGAGGCUAUUAGAACAGGAGGGUGGUUGUGAGAGUGGAGGCACUCCUUCCAGUGCUUUCAGUCACUUGCAGGCUGUGUACACACCGUAUGUUUUAUCUCUUUAUUGUUUUAUAAAAAACAUUUCUAUACUGGAAUUACAUUUGAAAAAAUCAAAGAAGUUUACAACAAUUAAAAAUACAUUAAGAACAAUACAAAAAAAAAGACCACCAGCUGACAUACUAUGAAACAUAUUUUUCUUGUCUGCAUAAGCCUGACAGCAAGGAGAAGUCUUCAGCAAACACUGGAAAGUCAUUUAAAGCACAUUCCUCACUCCAAAGAAUCCUGGGAACUGUAGUUUAUUAAGGGUGCUUGGAGUUGUUCUGUGAGGGGUGAACUGCUGUUCCCAAGAUUCUUUUGCUGGUGGGAGGGAAUGUGCUUUAAAUGUGUGAUGUGUAUGGAGUUGUAGUGCCUUGUAAGAUAACCCUUAAUCUCUGGCCAGUUUAUUGGUGUCACACACUCACUGAAUUAAAUGGUCAGAUUACCAGAGACAUGUGUCCAAAGUACAAUCCUUUGGUGUAUUCAGAUAAAAGGUGGGAAAGGAAUGUGCUUUAAAAAUACAUAUAUUACAAAAUGUACAACUCAUAUGAUUAAUACAAAAUUCAUUAACCACUCAUUAAUCAUAGCAAUUCACAAUAAAUAAAACACACACAGAGCUGUGUAACCUCUUGUAAUUCGUUGUUCUACGAUGCCACAAGCAAAAUCUACUUUCUCAUAAAUCCAUCAGUAUUAUCCACCCUUUUCUUCAGAAAGCAAAAUACCUCAGACACAUCUGCAGUAUGCCAUAUUUUUAAUCUGUAAUUGAGGUCGGGGGCAGUAUCUCUUUUCCAAUAAGAAUGAGUUUUAUUUUAUUUUUCAAUCCUGUGUUUUUAAUGCAUGCUUUUAAAAUGCAUCUGGUAUUCUGUGAUAUACUGGCUCAACAAUAAGCUCAUUACACUUUUCUUGUGCACCACAAUGCAAAACAUUUUGGUUUGUUAAACCAGAGUUUCCUGUUCCAUCUGAACUGGACAACUGUGGUUUAAUCCCUGACUACAAACUAGAAUUGGUUUCCUAUCUAGGUCUGUAGUCAAAGGCCAACCCAGUCACUGGAAGCUGGUUUAACAAACCGCGGAGGUCUUGCAUUGCGUCAUCCAGGAGAGGGGAAGAGGAACACAUGGGCGAAAUACUACUUCUUGACCCAGUAAACAAUGGUUUGUCGAACCAACACUCUUGCAUCUGAACCAGGCUGCUGCCUCUGAACAUGUCUUCCUGCCUGUGGUUUGGCGGCAUGCAUUAAAGAAAUUACUUAGGAUGUUAAAAUAUUAUUUAACGGUGAUGAGAAGCUUCCUUGUUUCAUUUGAGGAUGCGCAAUCACAAAGCCAGUAAUCGCCUUUUAAUAGUCUGAAUCGCUCAGCAACUUUCCUGCUCAAGGUUUCAAGAUCCUUUUGUGUCUUGCCCUAGGUUGCUGCAUGUCCGGAAUGGCAACUGUAAAUACCACCUGGGAGAAGAAACGUUCAAAUUAGCGCAGUCUUACAUGGACAAGCUAGCAAAGCACGGCCAGCAAGCCAACAAAGCUGCUCUAUAUGGGGAGCUGUGUGCCCUGCUCUUUGCAAAGAGCCAUUAUGAUGAGGUGAGCGUCUUUCGCAGAAUCCAGCCUAGAACAUCUCCGCAUGGGAAGUAGCUCAGUGGCAGAGCAUGUCUUUUGUAUGCAGAAGCUUCAGUUGGGUGCUAAGAUCCUCAGUCAGUGUGAGAGCCAGUGUGGUGUAGUGUAGUGGUUAAGAGCGGUAGUCUUGUAAUCUGGGAAACCGGGUUCGUGUCUCCGCUCCUCCACAUGCAGCUGCUGGGUGACCUUGGGCCAGUCACACUUCUUUGAAGUCUCUCAGCCCCACUCACCUCACAGAGUGUUUGUUGUGGGGGAGGAAGGGAAAGGAGAUUGUUAGCCGCUUUGAGACUCCUUAAAGGGAGUGAAAGGCGGGAUAUCAAAUCCAAACUCUUCUUCUUCUUCAGUCAAGCACCUUCCCUCACUCCCAUGAACACCAGAAGCAUGGUUGGUGGUGACAUGAGAGAGCCUUUUCUGUGGCUACUCCCAUAUUGUGGAAUUUCCUCCCAAGAGAGGCUAGACUGGCUCCUUCAUUGCUGUCUUUCCGAUAGCAGGCUAAGGCCUUCCUAUUCAGAUAGGCCUUUGAAAACCAGGUGCAGACCAUGUUGACCGCUGUCAGGGCAAUCAGUAUUUUAAUGCCAGUUCGAAAUGUGUUUUGCCGUAUUUUAACUGUUGUUUUUAACUAGCUUGCCUUUAUUAAUUUGUGUCUUAUAAUUAUGUUUUUAAAAUGGAAGCUGUUUUGAAUCCCAACUUGGGAGACAGACAGGGUAUGAAUAUAUUUAAUAAUAAUCCCCGAUGGCAUCUCUGGCCAAACUAGGAGUGGCCUCCACCUGAAAGCCUUCUGUGUAGACAGUGCUGAACUAGGCGGACCAGUGACUUGGUACAAGGCAGCUUCCUAUGUAGUCAGAACAGGCCAGCUAUUCUUUCCAGCACAAAGUGUUCUGUGGGUUCACUCAGCAGCAGCGCGUGGGCAGACAAAAGCAGGUUUCACUGAGGUUUGGUGACAGAAUUCCAGCUGGUAAGGUGGUGCCAAAUAAAAUUAGCAUUUGGCUAAAGCUAGCAUUUGGCUCAGGUUCAAGUGCCAGAGUUUGCAGGAACCGAAGUGUUUUCCCAGCCUUUGUUGGGAUAGCGUUUAAAUCCUCAGCUGGGAACAAACAAUUUAGGAACAUAGGAAGCUGCCCUAUAUUAAGUUAGGCCAUCUAGCUAAGUAUUCUCUACGCUGACUGGCAGUGGCUCUCCAGCGUUUCAGAUAGGGAAGCUGCCCUGGCUCUACCUGGAAAUGCCAGGGUUUGAAGCAGGGACCUUCUGCAUGCAUAGCAGAUGCUCUACCACUGGGCUACGGCUCUUCCAUCACCCUGGAGAUUGGUGGCUCCAAGAUCUCUUGCAGGACUCUUGCCUCCAUGCUGUUUGCCAGAGUGCCUUUCCCUAGGACUGCCUGUUCCUCUGCUCUUGACUUCAGCUUUACAUCUUGACAGACACCCAGACACACCAUCGCAACAGCUGAUAGUCUUGCUAGAACAGCAGAUUCUCGCAGUUCAGAGUUUGAAAGCCAAGUUCUUGGGAGCCUCUGUUUAGAUUUCUAUGAACAUCUUAAGUGCUGGAUUAAGGACUGGAGAUCUCCCUUUGGCCAGGAGGCCAAAGGUCGAAAGAUAAGUGGUGGGGCAGCGAGGCUCCUGCAAAGCAACUGCUCCUAAACUUUAUUUGAACGACCAGGCUUGGAAGUCAGGACAGGAGAAGGGAUCUGCAAGCCCCAUUGGGGGUUCUGCACCUGCCUCCCCACUCCCAGCAUUCUCUCUGAUUUCCAUUAGAGAUUACACUCUCAUCUCCAUAGAGGUUUAGUUGAAAAGGCAGAGUGGUACUUCAGUGAAUAAAGUCAUGUGUUUGUGUGUAUUGUGAUAUUGGAACCCAGUACCAGUUUUGAUGGACAGCCCUUGGGCUUGACGCCCUCAAUUCUACCCUCCGCUUCCCUCACGGAGUGUGUCUUCUCUCUGCCAUUGUUGCCACUGCUGCUUCUGCUUCCUCAUUGGUGCCAGACAGAGCCAGUGAAGUUGAAGGCAGUGGCAGCUCCUCCUCUUGCUUGCUACUUCUGUUAUUGAGAGGCAGGGUAAACCAGCAGGUUUCCAGUGAAGGGACAGGUCUAAGAGGCUCUUCUGAAUGGAUCCCCUGCUGCAUUGAGGGUUCUUGGCAAAUGCCCAGGCACAUCGACCAUUGACAGUGACCCUACUGGAACCUGAAUUUGCUUGGUUUCAUCAUCCCUCCCUGUUUCCUUUUUACCUUUGGCUAUCAGAUUGUAAACCUGCCAACAAGAGCUGCUUUUGCAUUUGGGAAAAAAAUAAAUAAUUCUGCACAGCACAUAGAAAAUUUGAGGCUUUUAAUAAAAUCUUAAAUAAUCCUGACAAUAUCCUUGGGUGCUCCACAGGCUUACAAAUGGUGCAUAGAAGCCAUGAAGGAGAUCUCAGUUGGAUUGCCAGUAAAAGUAGUUGUGGACGUUUUACGGCAAGCUUCUAAGGUAAAUCUAACUCUUCUACAAAUAGCCUGCAUGCAAUUGAGCAGGGAUGGAACCUAUUCCAUGUUUCUUGCAGAGGGAAGUGGGCAGCAUCUAGUACUGUUAAGAAUCAGCCCUAAAGGAGAAAAUCAACAAAUGAAUUCCAAAAGCAGCAUUUCAGGCGUGUUGACCUUUAUGCUUUUCCUGACAAUUCAUUGCUCUGUCUUCCCCCUUUUUAAUGGGGCAGGCUUUCUACUCAGUUUAGCAGUUGAUGGCCAUUCUUGAACAGUGGCUUCCCAUAGGCAGGCAAGAAUGCCUUUGCAUAUUCAUGGUCUCUCAUGCCUGCUUUCUCUUCCUCUUGGCUUAGGCUUGUGUUGUAAAACGUGAAUUUAAGAAAGCCGAACAGUUAAUAAAACAUGCGGUGUAUCUUGCACGGUGAGUAUAUGCCCUGUUUCCAAAUGUUAUUGCCUGCUGCAUCUUGUUUGUGGUUCUAAGUUGUGUUCCUAUCUUCCAGGGAGCACUUUGGAGCCAAACACCCAAAAUAUUCAGACACACUACUAGACUAUGGGUUUUACUUACUCAACGUAGACAAUAUAUGCCAGUCGGUUGCAAUUUAUCAGGUAAGGUCCUUUGCUGCGUCUGUGCAGCCUUCAGGAUUCUAUUAAGUGGUUUUGUGCAUGUGUGUGUUUGUUUCUGCUCAGAAUUCUUUACUGCAGGUGAAGUUUUGUUACCGUACUUACUUUUCUCGCCAAAGUAGAUAAAAUUUGCAGGCAUGGUAGCCCCAUGGUAGCGGAUUAAUCCUACCAGACUUCAGAAUGAAAGCUGUAGUGAUUUUCCUGGAAGAACAACCUUUGCAGUUUGGGGCGGUUAAAAGAAGAUUCACUUAAUCUCCUCUAGUGUUUUAUGGGCAAUUUUUAUGAAAAUAGUAGAAGAAAAAAAAAAUAGCAGUAUCCCUUGGUAAGAAACCCAAAAAAGACGUCAAGAGUGUUGUGGGUGGAGAACUAAAAGGGAUUUGCUUCCCUCCCAGUGGUUUUUGGGCACAAGUUUUAUUACUGACAUUGCUGGGAGUGCCCUAAAAUUGAGAUUUCUUGGCAGGGGAUCUUUAGGGAGAUUUCUUUAAUAACAAGACCGAGCAUCACUCCCUCCCCCUACCUGGCUCUUUUUGAUCUAUAUAUAGAUGUGGAUAGAGAUCUAAAAAAGAAAUAAAGAACUCAUUUGACACCUAUUAACAGCAGCAAGAGCAACUAGCACAAUUCUAGAAGACAUUUGAUUUAGACAACUUAGAUUGCUGGUAUGCAAAAAGUCUGGCAAAUUGCUCUUCUAGAAACAAUUUUCCAUGAGUUGAAAGUGCUUGGAGGACAUACUGCAGGAAACCGUUCUUUUGUAAUAUGGCACAGCAUUAUUUUAUUUACAAACAAAGAAGCCCAUGGCCAUAUGGUCCCUCUGGUUUAUUCCAAGGUGUGGGCUUUGUGAAAGUAUGUCUAGGCAGACAGAUGAUCUUUAUAACAAAAAUAAUAAGUUUACUACUUAUAUGCUACUAGAGAGGGCCAUUGCUCAGGCACAGUUGGGGUGUGUGUGUGCAAAGUGACGUGAGCCACCCCGUCCUUCUCAGCCGCCCUCCAGCUGCAGGUUGCCCAAGAAGGAUGCAGUAGCUCAGGCUCCCUGUGAGCCCAGCCUCAUUUGCAAAAGCCUGGUGGUCCUCAGAUAAAGGGUGGUAUAGAAGUUUAACAAAUCAUCAUUAUGUUUCCAAUUAGAUUUUACCCAUUGGUGACUUGUGUCGACAGCUGUGUGAGAUACUACUUCAAAUAAUGCUUCUUCUGUCCCACACAAGCCAUCCUUUUAAAAAUGUCUAUGGCAGCUUCCAGAUCCUAGCUAAUUUAGCUGACUUGAAUAUUGUCUCUCACUCAAAUUGUUUCAGACCGCACUAGACAUCAGACAGUCGGUAUUUGGGGGCAAAAACAUCCAUGUUGCAACAGCUCACGAAGACCUGGCUUACUCUUCCUACGUUCACCAGUACAGUUCUGGGAAGUUUGACAAUGCGCUGUGAGUACUCUGUUUACACUUUUUUGGACCCAAAGGUUUUCUUCUUGCGUAAUGUAAAUAUAUAUAUAUAUAUAUUCAAAUGUUAAAAAGCAUGUGGUAUAGUCUUGCUGGGGCUCCCUCACGUGGGAGAGAUUGCAAGUCAAGUCCCUUCCCUUUGUUGCUGGCAAAGCUUUUUGUGGUUGCUGUUGUUGUUUGGAGAACUUUUGGAGCCACCUGGGCUGCUGUGCUAGGAAUGUCAAUGUGUGUUUUAUAUUCUCUGUAAAACACUUUGAUGUUUUAUUUACAGUUAAAUGGUAUAUGAAUGUAAUUUUUUUUAAAAAAAAAAUCAUUGUUCUGAUACUGGAGAUAGUAGAUGGCCAUCAUGACUAGCAGCCAUUGGUUGCCCUAUGCUCUGUGAAUUUGUCUAAUCCCUCAUUUAAUGCCAUUGAAGUGGGAGGCCAUCAUUACUGCAUCUUGAGCACCUGAUCCUGUGCUUCUUACUGUUCCUCCCCCUUGGCCUUGUUAAGGGUGUCUGGACUGUAUUCUACUCUUUCCAUGAUGCUGAGUUGGUAUUGAUACUCUGCAGUAAUAAAUAUGCAUUUAUUUACUUACAAAAGAGUUGGUUUUAUUGAUUUUGGGUGGGAACCAGAACAAUCUGAACAGAAGCACUUGAUACUGCAACAUUUUGUUGCAGGUACCACUGUCUCCCGCCCCUGCCCCCUUACAGAUAGCUUUAAAAAUGUGGUCAUGACAGCCUUGUAAAUAAACUACUAACUUGGACAUGGAAGCUGCUAGUCUAUUAGCAAGCUAGUAAAAAAUAUGCUGCCAGGAGCCCUCUCUCUUGCUUACGUAGAAUUCCUAGUGACCUCUGGUAACCAAUGUAGUUCUUAAAUAUGAGCUGAGUUGCGAGUUAACAUGUUGUGCAAAGAAGACUUUGCCCCCCACCCUAAACUUGCCAGUUAGGUUUGUUGGAUGAUCUGGAAGAGAGUAUGGGAGAUGGAGAGAAAAAAACAUUUCCUUGUCAGGAGGAGAAUUUCCUCCCAUCUCCUUACCACCAGGCAGACAAAGGCAGUCUUUGUUUCUAAGGUGAAAGUUGUGCCUUUUCCCAAGAUGUCUUGCAAACAUACCAGAAUCUCUCACAUAAGUCUUUUUCAUCCUGUUCCUCCCCCCGUGUUCUUAGCAUGUGCUAAACAGCUGCCCAGUGUCUACAAAAACCCACAGUAUGCUAAUGCAAUUCCCACAAAGCCCUCUGUGCAUGAUUUAGAUGGCCCUUCUGGGAACUUGCUGUUUCUGUGUUGACUACUCAGUAACUUUCCAAGAGAUUUCCCCCUCAUGUGUGCCUGUUUGCUCUUGACCUUAGAUUCCAUGCGGAGCGUGCGAUUGGCAUCAUAACCCACAUUCUCCCAGAAGACCACCUUCUCCUUGCCUCCUCCAAAAGAGUUAAAGGUACCUCCAUGCUGCUUUUGGCUGCGGCGCUUAGGGAGCAGAAAUAACUGCUGGUACUGUAGCAAAUGUCAAGGACAGGCAGGGAAGGAAAUGUGUGGGAAAACAGUGCCUCCCUCCACCGUGUCCAGCAUCUUCCACCUGAGGCUCACGCCUCACUCUUCCCAAAGGCAGGGUCAGCUUUAAGUGGCUGAUGUGUUUGAGCUUUGCGUACACCUUCAAAGCGGCCCAAUAAUUGGAGUUGGGAAAGGGUUAGGGUUGAGCUGAAAGACUUUUCAGAUAGUGCAGAAGUCUGCAUUCACUUCCUCGGGGUCCUAGCUGAUGCCUUUAAUGGUGUUGGGUCUUCUAAUGUGUCUCUUUCCUCCCCCCUUUCCUGUGCAAGCACUGAUCUUGGAGGAGAUUGCCAUUGACUGUCACAAUAAGGAGACAGAACAAAGGCUACUCCAGGAAGCCCACGACUUACACCUGUCUUCGCUCCAGCUUGCCAAGAAAGCCUUUGGGGAGUUCAACGUGCAGACGGCAAAACACUAUGGUAACCUUGGCAGGCUUUACCAGUCCAUGAGGAAAUUUAAGGUAAUUAUUGGGGGGGGGGGAGCAGCAAAUAUUAUUGACAUGUCUUCCUUGAACUGUAUCUCUGGCUCUCUUGACAAUCAUCUUACUAGACCAGCAAUUCACCAUUGUCUUAAUUUUGUGGGCGUGUUCCAGGAAGCGGAAGAGAUGCACAUCAAAGCGAUCCAGAUCAAGGAACAGCUUCUCGGCCAAGAAGAUUACGAAGUUGCUCUUUCUGUGGGACACCUUGCCUCGCUCUACAACUACGACAUGAAUCAGUACGAAAACGCCGAAAAGCUUUAUUUGAGAUCCAUAGCAAUUGGUGUGUAAACACUUUUGAGCCUAAGCUUGCAUAUACAGCGAUGUUGUCUCUCCGGGGGCGGGGGGGGGGGGUAGGUGAGGUUCUCUUUCCCCUGGAAGAAGACUAGGUAAAAAAGGAAGGAUGAUUAGGAGGUGGGGAACCAUAGGCCCUCCAGAAGUUCCUGAACUACAGCUCCCAUCAUCCUUGGCCAUGCCUGCUAUGAGCUGGCAUCCAACAACAUCUGGAAGGCCAAAAGUUCCCCACACCUGGCUUGGAUUUGGGGCAGGCUUCAAAUUCCUGCUCUCCCAUGAAGCUCACUGAAUGACCUUAGAUCAGGCCCCAUGUCUCAGCCUAGCCUAACAACACACGCUGCCUCAGUUUCUGUGUUACAGCAAAACCAUAGUUAACUGUUUGCAACAGACAUGUCUUCCUGAGCUGUUUGUCUCCAUCCUGCUUACACAAAUCACAAUCCUUAGUUUAGGAUUAUGGCCAGACCAUGAGUCUGGUUUGUUAUCAUCCAGCGUGAGCCAGGAUCAGAUAACCAUGCUAUGGUUUCUGGCUUACCACUGGGAUUGCCAGCAAGGUGUCUGUGGGUUCCCCAACACUCCCUUGGCACCCUCCAGCCCCUCACAAUUGUUCAAGUUUCUUUUUUAUUAUUAUUAAAAGAAAAUUAGUCAUUGGGAGGCAAAUUCUUGUUUCCAGCCAUCUUUGUUUCAUCUUCCCAGAAUGCCUCUGGGCCUCACAAUCAUUCCUAGAAGGGAAAAAGUAGAGGGCAGCUGUAGCUGUUGAUUUGUUCUCCCUCUUGCCCAGUCAAGCUUUGAUUUAAACAAAAGAGGUUUGAGCUAGAGGGGGAGGGAAGAGGAUUCUGUGUUGCAUGGUAAGAAUUGGGAUCGGUGCUGGGAGAAUGGUGGGGAGCGUUGCCUAUUUCAUUGUUGUGGUUGUGUUAUUUUGGGGUGUGGCCACAGAAGAGGAUAGAUGUGCUGUGUUGUUGCCUGGGUUUGUUCUGUUUUCAGGGGAGGGAUAUUCCCUUUGCGGGUUUGUUUUUUGACAGGGUGUUGUUGCCAUGAGCAUCCCACUGCCACAAGGUUCCUCCAACCAUUUCAAGACAAUUCCUCACCCAUCCAUUCAUUCAAGAACCCUUUUCUUCUAAUAGAAAACCCAGGGGUGGCUAGCAAGAACUUGAUAAAGCAAAGAGAGUAACAACAAGCCAAGCAUUGUGGGAACUAUCCACCGAUAAAAGUACUAUAAUAGCCUGCCUACAAAACAAGGAUGCCCUCCCACCAGAGCCCCCUACUGUCUAACCAGUGCUUUUCAGGUGUGUCCCCCCAGACUUCCAGAGAAGCUUCUUGCAGAGGAGGCAGGAAAGACAGGUGGCUUUCUGUACACACAGCAUUUGGAUCCAUCCCAACGUAAAGGACCUAGGGCAAUAGCAGAGGCCUGUGAGCAAAUAAUUGUGCUUCGUUUUAGCUGGUGAUGACGUCCAACACGCUGGACAUGGUUUUGGGGAAGAUGUUUGAAGGGAGCAAAUGUUGUCCCUUCUCUACCAGUAUUGGUUGGUUUAAUCAUAUAUUGAGUUGCGGAUAUAAUCUGUCCCGGAGGCACGUCUGCAACUUGAAGCGUUUGCAUCCAGAAGUGCUGCGCAUGCGCAAGGCGCGAUUUAGCGCUUCUGCGCAAGCGUGAUCUAGUGCUUCUGCGCAAGCGUGAUCUAGCGCUUCUGCGCAAGCGUGAUCUAGCACUUCUGCGCAAGCGGCAAAACCCGGAAGUAACCAUUCUGGUACUUCUGGGUUGCCAUGGGACGCAACUUGAAAAGACAUAACCUGAAGCAGACGCAACAUGAGAUUUGAGGUGGUGGGGAUAGCACACACCCAAGAUUUUUUUUUUUUGAGGGCAUGCGGGAACCAAUAUAAAUAGCAAUGUCUUCUCUGUUCCUUUAGGCCGGGGGUGGGGAACCUGUAGCUCUUGAUAUGCUGCUGGACGUUGCCUGCCAUCAGCCCCGGCUAGCAUGCCUAGUGGUCAGGGAGGGUGGGAGGCAACAUCUGGAGAGGAGGGGAAGACACAGUUUCCCCGCCCCAGAUCGGAGAACAUGGUAAAAUAUACUCCAGCUGAAAGGUAUCAGAUUUUUACUUAAUAAAAUAAAAUAAAGAGCAGGCUUCUCUGUUAGGCAACACUGAAAAAAGUACAGCAUUAAUUCUCCUUCACAUUUUGUUUAUUUUUAGGGAAGAAGCUUUUUGGGGAAGGUUACAGUGGACUAGAAUAUGACUACAGGGGCCUCAUUAAACUGUACAAUUCCAUUGGCAAUUACGAGAAGGUAUUUGAGUACCACAACAUUUUGGCCAACUGGAACCGGUUGCGGGAUCGGCAGUUUUCAGUGACAGACGCCCUCGAGGACGUGAGCACCAGCCUGCAAUCCACUGAAGAAGUUGUCCAGUCUUUCCUGAUGUCUCAGACCGCCGAAGGACAGAUUUGCUAA